UGGAAAAAAAAAAAACAAAAAGGCAAGAUGGCAGCGGGCUCAGACCACGGGCUGAAAAGAAUAGUUUGGAAAAGAAUACAAGAUACCAUUAUCAAAGACUGCAGAAAAUCUGAAGUAUGGAAGAUAUUGAUUCUGGACCACUUCACCACCAAGCUCCUUUCAUCAUGCUGCAAAAUGUCCGAUCUGAUGUCAGAGAAAAUAACAAUUGUGGAGGACCUGUUCAAAAUCCGAGAGCCUGUUCCAGAAAUGAAGGCCAUCUACUUUAUGUCACCUACUGCUAAGUGUGUGGAUGCCUUUAUUGCUGACUUCAAGACCAAACCCAAAUAUAAAGCAGCAUAUGUUUAUUUCACUGACUACUGUCCAGAUGACCUGUUCAACAAUAUGAAGCUCCACUGUGCAAAGUACAUACGAGUCUGUAAGGAAAUAAACAUUUGCUUCAUGCCACAAGAGGCACAAGUGUUCACAUGUGAUAAUCCGGGGGCUUUCCAAAGCAUCUACAGUCCCAAUAGUCACGAAAAAAAGAAGACACUGGAGACACUUGCAGACCAGCUCGUCACACUCUGUGCCACGUUGGACGAGUACCCAGGUGUCAGAUAUAAGAAAGAAGGCAGCAUGGAGAACGCCAAGACCCUUGCAGAGCUGGUGGACAACAAGCUGGCCAGACACUACGAGCUGGAUGAUAGUGGCAACAAAAAGGGAAAGACCCAGGCCCAGUUGUUGAUAAUGGAGAGAGGUUUUGACCCCGUCACCCCUAUCCUGCAUGAGCUGACCUACCAGGCCAUGGCUUAUGACCUCAUUGAUAUCCAGAAUGACACCUACAAGUACAAGUCAAAAGAUGGCUCAGAGAAGCAGGCCCUGCUGAAUGAGGAUGACAUGCUCUGGGUUAUGCUAAGGCACAAGCACAUUGCUGACGUCUCAGCACAAAUCCCCAAGAUGGUAAAGGAAAUAUCUGCUAGCAAGAAACAGCCAGGCGAGAAGAUCACAAUUAGCAAUUUGGCCCAAAUGAUGAAGAAGAUGCCCGCCUUCCGUAAACAUCUAACUGAGAAAACUAUUCAUCUGCAGUUGGCCGAGGACUGCAUGCAACAUUUCUCAAACAACGUUGAGAAACUCUGCAAAGCUGAACAGGACCUUGCUGUGGGGUCAGAUGUGGAAGGGGUGAAGGUGAAAGACCCCAUGAGGACCCUGCUGCCUGUGCUGCUCCACCCAUACAGUACCCAUGACAAGAUCAGAGCUGUGCUGCUUUACAUCUUUAGCCUCAAUGGAACAACAGACGAGAACUUGAGCAAACUCAUCCAGCAUGUAAAGAUCGAGGACGAACGAGAGUUUAUCCUGAACUGGAAAGAACUGGGGGUUCCUAUCAUCACGUCGCAAAAUUUCUUCUCUCGCAAACCAACCAGACGGGACCGUUCUCAGGAGCAGACGUACAACCUUUCCAGAUGGACUCCUGUCAUAAAAGAUGUGAUGGAGGAUGCUGUGGAGAACAAACUGGACACCAGAGAAUGGCCACACCAGUCUGAGUGUCCUGCUGCCUGGAAUGGCUCUGGUGCUGUCAGUGCCCGUCAGAAGCACAAAACCAGUAAUCAGGAUGAACGCCGGACUGGCUCACGCCUCAUCAUCUUUGUUAUAGGAGGAAUCAGUUUCUCCGAAAUGCGUUCUGCCUAUGAGGUCACCCAGGCAGUAAAAUCCUGCGAGGUCAUCAUAGGGUCUUCUCACAUUUUGACCCCAACCAGUCUCCUGAAUGACAUCAAGGCUUUGAGCAAGGGCCCCAUGGAAACUUUUACAGUAGACGAAAGGAGCAAUGCCUGAGACUGGCCCUCCAACUAACGCCUCCCCAAACCUCCCCUGCCUCCCUACGUCUCAUAUCACUCAGCACAAUGCACUCAGCUCAGCCUUCUGAAUGGAAGACUAAAGGGAAUUUACCUUAUACUCAAUCUUUUUGUUUUAAUACUCUUUUCAAACCACACAUGGUGCACAUUUACAGUAGGUAUGAGGGCAAAUUCUCUUUUAACUUGGUUAUUUCAAUAAGCAGAUUUUCUUGAAUAACAAAAAAUAGAUAAGAAGAUGGCCUGCUAAAGGCAUUUAUAAUUUGAUAAUUGUCAUUUGAUGAUAUGGAUCAUAUUAAAAGUGGAUUGACUUCAUCCUACUAUGAGCAUUUUUAGUAAAAAUUGUCUAAUCUGCCUAUCUGUGUUUGCAUUUGUCCAUAAAAGAAAAUACCGCUAAUGUUACAUGUUGAAAGAUCUCUGAGGAACAGGACACAGACUGGUGGUGCAAAGUAGUGCAAAGCUAAUGUGUAUAUACUGUAUGUAAGCACUGAGUUCCUGCUUUGUCAUUCUGUUGCAUAAUGUAAUUUUGAAGAGUGAAUUUAAAGGAAUAUUUACAUUUUCUUUUUUUUUUUGAACAACUGACUAAUAAGUGGAUGAAGUGGUUCAAAUCUUGUCUAUGUUACAGUUAAGUCAAGUAUCUUGAGGCUGAACUUGAAGUACCUUAAUUAAAACCUGAUUCUAAAUAUUCA